AUGGCUUCAAGAGAUUUGCCUCAUUCUGUCAACGACCUUGUGUUUGGCUGGGCUGGACACUUGCGUAAGGAAAUUACCCUUAACAAGACCCAAGAGCAAUUAAUCGCCGAGGAUUUCCAAGCUGAUGACGAUGCACCCCACGAAACCAAAGUUAAAUUGAAUAAUCUUUGGCCUGCUUUCGCUUCUGGUGCUGGGUUGUUCUCCGAUGGGUAUGUCAAUAAUUCUAUUGGUACGGUUGUGUCUUGUCUUCUGAUGAUCUACGCUGAAGAAUUCACCCAAUCUAAUGCAAUUUCUAAUAUUGGUGCUAUUGCUUUUGUUGGUACUGUUAUUGGGCAAAUAGGUUUCGGUUAUAUCUCUGAUCGUGUUGCUAGAAAAGGAGGUAUGAUGUAUGCUAAUGUGAUGUUGAUAAUUUUCACCUUGUUAUGUGCUGUUGCAACUUGGGGUACCAGUCCAUUUGGUCUUUUCGCAGCUAUUACCACGUUCAGAUUUUUCUUGGGAGUUGCUAUUGGUGCUGAAUAUCCAACUUCUUCAGUUAUUGCUUCUGAGUUUGCUAAUAUGUUACCUGCUGGUAAGAGAAACAGGUACUUCGCUUGGUUUACCAAUUCCAUGAUUGAUAUGGGUUUCGUUAUCUCCUCAUUUGUUCCAUUAGUAUUGUUAUGGAUCUUCAGUGAACGUCAUUUAAGAGUUAUUUGGAGAUUGACUAUCGGGUUAGGUGUCAUUCCUCCAUUAGCCUUAUUCUUUAUCAGAUUAAAGAUGACUAACUCCUCUUCCUACCAAAAGUUACACAUGAAGAAGGUCCAAUACUUUAAAUUCCCAUGGUGGUUAAUUAUCAAGUUCUACUGGUUCAGAUUAACCAUCAUCUCCUUGAUUUGGUUUAUUUAUGAUUUCUCGGUGUAUUCAUUUGGUACUUUCUCGUCUCUUAUCAUUGCCCAAGUUAUUCCAGAUCAAGCAUUGUGGAAAGUUUGGGGCUGGUAUGUUGUUUUUAACUUGUUCUAUAUGCCAGGUUCAUUUACCGGUGCUUUUGUUUCUGAUUACCUUGGUCCUCGUUUGACUUUAGCCAUUGGUGUUGGAUUGCAAGGUAUCAUUGGUUUCAUCAUGUCUGCCUGUUUGAACAGUUUACGUAAACACGUUGCUGGAUUUGUGGUUGUUUUCGGUAUCUUCACUACCUUAGGUGAAUUUGGACCAGGUAACAAUAUUGGUUUAUUAGCUUCCAAGACUUCAGCCACCCCAAUUAGAGGCCAAUACUACGGUAUUGCUGCUGCUGUCGGUAAAUUGGGUGCUUUCGUGGGUACUUAUGUUUUCCCAGUCAUUCAACGUCAUUAUGCCAAGAAUGCCGACGCUAAUUUACAAUUACAAGUUCCAUUCUAUCUCAGUUCUGGGUUAUGUAUCUUCAGUGCUUGUUUAGCUUUGUUUUUCUGUCCUCCAGUAGGUCAAGAUGCUAUUAAUCGUGAAGACGAAGAUUUUGUCAACUACUUGAGAGCCAAUGGAUUUGAUGUUUCUCAAUUAGGAGAUGGUGGAAGUGAUGUUGAAAUCACAACCGAAACCGUCUAUGACCAUAAGGAUGCUGUCAAUGUUGACCAAAAGUCAGUCUAAGUGUAUAUAUUAAAUAAUAAUAAUUAAGUAAUAAACAUAAAU